GCAGCGGCACUAUUCGGCCGGAGCGUCCGGAGGCAGCACUCGGCGGAGCGGAGCGGAGCGAAGCCUGGCGACCGUCUCGCCCUCGCCAUGGCGGUGGACGUGAGGCGGCUGGAGGGCCUGAGCCUUCACCAGCUGAACGAGCUGCUGGACGACGAGGAGCAGCUGCAGGCGGUGGCCCUGGAGAUGGAGGAGGCCCAAAACGUCCAGCUCAGCAAGGACGUGACGCUUGCCAGCAACCGCAGCCUGGCGGAAGGCAACCUCUUGUACCAACCGAGGCUGGAGGCUCUGAAGGCCACCUUGACGCAGAAGUACCAGGAGCUGCACGUUCUCUUUGAAGCAUAUCAGAUAAAGAAAACCAAACUAGACAGACAAUCCAGCAAUGCCUCCUUGGAGACCCUCCUAGCACUGCUUCAGACCGAAGGGGCUAAAAUUGAAGAAGACACUGAGAACAUGGCUGAGAAGUUUCUGGAUGGCGAAGUCCCCCUGGACACCUUUGUGGAUGAAUACCAGAACCAAAGGAAACUGGCUCACCUGCGGCGUGUAAAAAUAGAAAAACUGCAAGAGAUGGUGCUGAAGGGGCCCCGGCUGCCCCUGGCCCCCCCUCAGCCACGCGCAGCUGACGCUCCCCCAGCGCAUCCGGUGUCGGAGGCGAACGCCCCUCCUUCCGUCAUGCCUCGCCGGAACCCUCCGCCGCCGCCGCCUCCAGCCUCCGCAGUCCCGCCAGGACGCUUCCCUACUCCGUUCACAGCUGCCAUGAACGCAGGACCGGCCCUGCCCUAUCCAAGCGUCCCGUACCCUCCGCUCCCCCCGCGGACGGGAGUUCCAUCUGCGAGCCAGAUGCCGCCGCCGGGUUACCCGACUCCGUUUGCGCCGCAGUACCCUCCCGCCUUGCCCCAGAGACCGCCGCCUCGCCUCCCGCCAAACCCGGGCUUUAUCCUGCACUGAAGAGGCCCGUCGUGUCCUGACUUUCGUACGUUGGUGCUGACCUUUUUACUCCUCAACUCCCAAGAAACAACCCAAGCCGUGGCAAAUCUCCAGCGCUUUGUGCGUAAGAGUACAAGAAAUCAGCGCCGCAGUCCGGGGCAUCGCUGUAUCCUGUGAAUGUCACCACGUUUUUCUUUUCUUUUUAACAAGAGAAUCAACGUCUACAUAAAUCCCUCUUUGGAAGGGUGGUGGGGCUGUCGAAUGGUACAGUUGGAGAAAUGUUUCCAGUAGAAAUCGGGUCUUGCCUGGCAUUUUGGAGGAGGUUUCAGCCCGUGCCUGCCGCUCCCCCGGGGGUCUUGCCUCCUUUUGCCACUUGAUUUGGGCACGGAGCACUGCAACCUCGGCUUAGAAAUCUUGUCGUUUUCGCUUCGCCCCGGCAUGAGGAUCCUGCUGUGAGGGCAAGUGGCUUCCCUUGCUGUUGUAAUCACAUGUAUGUCAGUGGGUUUGCUGCCAGAGUGAGCAGGACCCUGAAUGGCCCUUUUGAAGUGUGUGUGUGUGUGUGUGUGUGUGUGUGUGUGUGCGCGCGCGCGCUGGAGGAAUCAACCUCUUUUAAACAUGAUGACCUCCAGAAAGCCUCAGGAUUUAAAACAUAAGUCAUGAAUAGAAAUGCAUCCUCCUGCUCUUGGUAGCUGACUAGAAAUACUCCAUCUCUUCGCCCCCGGAGCACGCGCUUGCGACUUCCCCACCCACCCCACCCCACCCUGCUUCCUGACACCCUCUUCUUACGCAUUCCAUCUUUUAUACGCAAGGUUUUUGAAUCUCUCGCUCUCUUGUGCCACCUUUACGCCUCUCGGCAGGUUCCGUCAGUGGAAGCAGUGUGCGCUGGCGUCUCUAAUCUGAGCAAUUGGUUCCUUCAGUUUCUCUUCUCCUCACCUUGUGGAUCUAAGCUAAAGCUCCUCCUCCUCCUCCUCCUCCUCCCCGUAACGGAUUGCCCCGGACCUGCUUCGGACAGGAGCAGGAGAGAGCCUCCUUCCCCUCUGCCUCCCUCCUCUGCCAAAGCUGUUGCUUCCCAAGCCAAAGGCCUGCAGCUGCUUCGCCCAGUGUGGUCCGUCCGUCUCUUCCUCCGUGCUGAGAGGCAGAACGGGCGGAGUGAUGGCGCCCCCGGGGUCCUGGCCACACCCACUGGCCUCAUCCAGGCCAUGGGGGGGCGGGGGGCGCAGUUUGGCCCUCCGCCCGGAACCUGUCCCCUGCCCCUGCAUGGGGUGCUGUGGAAUGACUCACCGUGAAGUGCCUGGAAUUAGCCUGGCUUUCCAGUCGGUGCCCGUAAUUUGGGCCUCUCCCCUGGGCAGCGUUGCCUUGCAGUGGGGUGAGGUGUGCCGUUUGGCUGGUGGGGUGUGGGGCUGAGAGGGCCCUGGAGGCUUUAGCAGUACGAGUCCUUCCCAAAGACCAGGUAUUCCUAAAGGCGGGAGGGUCGCUGGCUUCUAAGCAAGCUUCCGUGGCUUUCUUUUGCCUUGUCCCUUAAGUGACCGUCACGUGGAAUUCUAGUCUUGCACUUCCUCAGCUAUGGUUUGUAAAAGAGCCCCCUGGCAUUGGACACGCUACUCUUUUUUCUCUCCCCCCCCCCUCCUCUCAGCUAGGCAAAUGGUUCUGGGCAUUUCUAGCCAUGGGCUCCACCGUAAUAGUCUAUUCAGGGGCAUCUCUUGAAACAUGGUAGACGAGAAACUUGAAGUAGGUCUUGAAUGUGAAAGAAACGGUGGAAAUGAGACGUAGUUGACAUCCACGGGGAGCUUCCUUCAAUCCGUGUCGCUGCACGGCUCCUCUAGCGGAGGGAGGAACGGGGCCAGCCACACUCCUGCGAAACCUCGGCCAGGUUUUAAGAAGGGCUGCGCUUCUCGCAGCAUGUGAACAUGGAAGCAGGAAGAGCUGUGAUCGCUCUGCCUUAAUGUUUUGCUGAGGACGUUUCCAGCAAGGCGGCUGCGGCGGCUGUAGGCCUACAAACGCCUUUAGGCGCAACAGGCCCCUUCCUGCCAAUGCAGGCCUGCCUGGGUGCUCUCCGGACAUCGUUCCCCGCCCGCCCCCCCCGCCCCUCCACCGCUUCCUCCCAACCUGCCCUGCCCUUGCCGUGAUGACAGGGUCUCGUCUCUGCUAGCUCUGGCUUCCCUCAGGCCUGAGGGAUUCAUGCUGUGUCCUGCUUAUGUCAUCCUGAUCUUUGCCCCUUUUGAUGAACGUCAAGGGUAACACCGUCAGGGCUCCAAAGUGCUUCCGUAGCAGGCUACUUCCAGCCCGGAGGCCGCGUCCCUGAAGCCAUAAUCUUCUGCCGAAAGGUGAAAACUUGGGAAUUACUCCUUGGUCACAAAUCAGGUUCAACGUGCGCU